GUCUCCUCGGGAAUGCUGGGAAUGUUGAGUCAGGCGCUGGCCGGGCUGGGAGCUGGCCGAGGCUGAGAGCAGGCAGGCAGGCAGGCAGGCAAACCCGGGAGAGGAGCCUCCCCGCCGGGGACGGACUGCGGCGCCGUGGGUCGGUCUCCUCGGGCGGAGGACCGCCUCGCUGGCCUCCUCCCUCCCUCCCUGCGACGCCGCAAGCCGUGAUGGUGUAGGGCUCCAUGCGAGGAGGAGGAAGAGGAGGAGGAGGAGGAGGAGGAGGAGGAGGAGGAAGAAGAAGGUGCAAGGCGAUGGUGGGGAAGGUAUCUUCAGAAUGGAGGAGUUGCAAUAAAGAAUAGGUUGCCUGCUGGAAGAAUGCUGUGAAUCCAUUUGCCAACAAUUGCAACUGGAAUAGAGGCUAAAUAUCCCACUUAAGUGUGAUUAAUUUCUUAUUAAAUAGUACCUCACAUUAUACUAAAAAUGUACGGAAGUGCAAGAACAAUCAGUAACUUGGACGGCAGUCCUGCCAGAUCCCCCCGUUUGCCAAGAUCUCCUCGUUUGGGCCAUCGACGAACAAGUAGUGGAGGAGGUGGAGGGACAGGUAAGACCUUAUCAAUGGAGAAUAUCCAGUCCCUUAAUGCCGCCUAUGCAACUUCUGGACCAAUGUAUCUGAGUGAUCAUGAAGGUGUGGCAUCCACUACUUACCCAAAGGGCACAAUGACUCUUGGAAGGGCUACAAGUCGAGCUGUGUAUGGUGGUCGAGUUACAGCUAUGGGCAGCAGCCCUAAUAUUGCUUCAGCUGGCCUUUCCCAUUCAGAUCUCCUUUCCUAUACCGAUCAACAUGGAGGACUAACCACUGCUUCCCAUCAUCACCAUCAUCAGAUCCCUUCUAUGCUCAGACAGGUAAGGGACAGCACCAUGUUAGAUAUGCAGGCCCAGCUUAAGGAAUUACAGAGAGAGAAUGACCUCCUAAGGAAAGAACUGGACAUCAAAGACAGCAAGCUUGGCUCUUCCAUGAACAGCAUCAAGACGUUCUGGAGUCCAGAGCUCAAAAAGGAAAGAGUCUUGAGGAAAGAAGAAGCGGCCAGAAUGUCUGUUCUAAAAGAGCAGAUGAGAGUUUCUCACGAGGAGAACCAGUUUUGGGAUGCCAGGAAAACAAAGCAUCUUCAGCUAACAAUCCAGGCACUGCAAGAUGAGCUAAGGACUCAGAGAGACCUCAACCAUCUUCUCCAACAAGAAAGUGGAAACCGGGGUGCUGAACACUUCACCAUCGAACUUACUGAAGAGAAUUUCCGAAGGCUUCAAGCUGAACAUGACAGGCAGGCAAAAGAGUUAUUUCUCCUGAGAAAAACCUUGGAAGAAAUGGAGCUGAGAAUUGAAACUCAGAAGCAGACACUAAAUGCCAGAGAUGAAUCCAUCAAAAAGCUUUUAGAAAUGUUGCAGAGUAAAGGGUUGCCAUCCAAAGGAAUGGAGGAUGACAACGAACGAACUCGAAGGAUGGCUGAGGCCGAAUCUCAGGUUAAUCAUUUAGAAGUGAUUUUAGACCAGAAGGAGAAGGAAAACAUACACCUGAGAGAGGAACUGCACAGAAGGACUCAACUUCAGCCUGAGCCAGCCAAGACGAAAGCUCUUCAGACCGUCAUAGAGAUGAAGAGAGAACCAUCUUUAUGUAUUGAUCCAGCUGUAAUAUUUCAGGACACAAAAAUAGCUUCACUGGAGCGUAAUAUCAGAGACCUUGAAGAUGAAAUACAGAUGUUGAAGACGAAUGGAGUUCUGAAUACAGAAGACAGAGAAGAGGAAAUAAAACAAAUAGAAGUUUACAAGAGUCAUUCGAAGUUCAUGAAAAAUAAGAUUGACCAGUUGAAGCAGGAAUUUUCAAAGAAAGAGUCAGAACUUCUUGCCUUACAAACAAAGCUUGAAACCCUUAGCAAUCAGAAUUCAGAUUGCAAGCAACACAUUGAAGUGCUUAAAGAGUCGCUUACUGCCAAAGAACAGAGAGCUGCCAUACUUCAGACAGAGGUUGAUGCCUUGAGAUUACGUUUAGAAGAGAAAGAAAGUUUUCUUAAUAAAAAAACCAAACAACUGCAAGACCUCACGGAAGAAAAGGGAACUCUGGCUGGAGAAAUCCGAGAUAUGAAAGAUAUGUUAGAAGUCAAAGAAAGAAAAAUUAAUGUUCUUCAAAAAAAGAUUGAAAAUCUUCAAGAACAACUUAGAGAUAAAGACAAGCAACUCACCAAUUUGAAAGAUCGUGUGAAAUCAUUGCAGACUGAUUCUAGUAACACAGACACUGCUCUAGCAACGUUGGAAGAAGCUCUCUCAGAGAAGGAGAGAAUUAUAGAGCGAUUAAAGGAGCAGAGGGAGAGAGAUGACCGUGAAAGAGUUGAAGAAAUUGAAUCCUUUAAAAAAGAAAACAAAGACUUGAAGGAAAAGGUGAAUGCUUUACAAGCAGAGCUAACAGAAAAAGAGUCUAGCUUAAUUGACCUCAAAGAACAUGCAUCAUCAUUGGCUUCUACAGGGCUGAAAAGAGACUCCAAGUUAAAGUCUUUAGAGAUAGCCAUAGAACAAAAGAAGGAGGAGUGUAGUAAGCUAGAAGCACAGCUGAAAAAGCAAGCUGAACAAUUGUUCAAUCAGAUGUACAAUCCAAUGCCAAUUAGGAAUAAUGGGAAACAAGGGGCUCAUGAAGCUGAGGAAGAAGCUCGAAUGAACCCUGACUUUGCCGAUAGGAUGAAACAGCUUGACAAAGAGGCGGCAUACUAUAGAGAUGAAUGUGGCAAAGCUCAAGCUGAAGUUGACAGGCUUCUAGAAAUCCUCAAGGAAGUAGAAAAUGAAAAAAAUGACAAAGAUAAGAAAAUUGCUGAGCUAGAAAGCUUGACUUCCAGACAUAUGAAGGAUCAAAACAAGAAAGUGGCCAACCUGAAGCACAAUCAACAAAUGGAAAAAAAGAAGAAUGCCCAAUUGUUAGAAGAAGUCCGUAGACGUGAAGACAAUAUGACAGAUAACUCUCAGCAUUUGCAGCUAGAAGAACUAAGGAAUGCACUGGAUAAGACCAGACAAGAACUGGAUGCCACCAAAGCACGCCUUGCCUCAACCCAACAGUCUUUGGGUGAGAAAGAAGCACAUCUGGCCAAUUUAAGAAUAGAACGGAGAAAACAGUUAGAAGAGAUCCUGGAGAUGAAACAGGAAGCGCUGCUUGCUGCCAUCAGCGAAAAAGAUGCAAACAUUGCCUUGCUUGAACUGUCUGCAUCAAAGAAAAAGAAAACCCAAGAAGAAGUGAUGGCUUUGAAAAGAGAAAAAGACAGAUUAGUCCAUCAGUUAAAACAACAGGUGUAUAGAAAUAGGAAACAGCCCCAGAGCAUGAACUAUCCUUCUAUUUGUGAUGCUGACUUCAUCACAGACAAUGGUGCCAAGUACCUGGGUUCCAGACAUGAUGUACCCAUGCCUCAGACACAGAAUAGGAUGAAACUGAUGGCAGACAACUAUGAUGAUGACCAUCACCACUACCAUCACCAUCACCACCAUCAUCACCACAGAUCGCCUGGGAGGACCCAGCACUCCAAUCACCGGCCCUCUCCAGAACAGGAUGAUGAGGAGGGUAUAUGGGCAUAGCCGGUUCCUAUAAACCAAAGUUCCAGUUUUGUUUUGAGGGAUGAUCCAGUCACUGUUGGAGGCACAUGGCCACGGCAAAAUCCCAUGCUGUACAUUGAUCACCUGUCCAACCUUCGCCUAGAGUGUGAUCCCCAGUUCCUUCAAGAGAUCCAACUUUACUUGCCUAUAACGAAGAGGAAGAGGAGGAAGGAGACAUCUGGGAUAACCAACCAUCAGAGCAUUAACACCAGAGCAGGGCACAUCUGUAAUAUGUUCUACUUUCAUGCAAAUUGACCACAACGCCAUUAGAAGAAAAGGAGGGGAAAGGAAGAAAAUCAGCUUCUUGCUCAAUAUUUUAGGAUUCUACUUUCACAGAAACAACUCCAUAUAUCCUUUUGAAUUGUUGCAGGCUUACUUGUGACCAUUACUAUGCUAUGUGACAUGUAAAAAUGGAACCUCUGAUUGAGAAGGAAGAAUGUUAAUGCACAAAUAUCACUGUUUAGCUAAAACUUGUCUGAAAAUUUCUUCCAUUUCAUUCAAUAAAUAAAAUAUAUUACUGCCAUUUCAGUUAGAUUCUUUUUCAUUGGAAUCUUAAAGGUAUGUAGCACACAAAUUCCAUUUCCAAUUUGUUAGGAGUGAGGCCCUUCUGAAAGCCACACCUGCAAACUUUGUUGAAUUUAAGUCUAGAAAAAUAAAAGUUCCAUAUUGUUUUGAUAACCUAUUAUGGUGAAUGCAAGACACAAAUAUUUGCAUUUUUUAAUCUUAUAUCAAGUUCAGGAUAUGAAUCAAAUUGGACUGGCUCUUCACUGCUCUAAGUUGAAGCAAGGUAUUUUCAAAAGCAGUAAAUUGGGGUCUAAAUCAGAUCUUACUGUUAGUAGAAUGUACUUGAGUCCCAAUUUUGGGAUAAGGUCUCCCAUUCAAACCCUAACAUCCCUAGGCAGAACUGGAUAGCUUCUAUCUCUGAAACCCUGUGGAGCUGCCUGUAAGCAAUAAUGAUCAAGAUGACCACAGAUGAGAUUUGGUAUCUCAUCUCCUUGUUUCUCCUUUUCCUCUGAAGAUCUGAGGCCUAAGGAUGGUUUCAGAGAACAUUCCAAAUCAAGGUGAAAUAAAACCUCAUAACACAUAUAUGGAGGGCUAUUAUAGACAUGAUUACUACAUUUGACUGUCACAAGCAUUGUUGCUUUUCAUGUGGUUAUUAGAACAGACAUGAUUUUUCCAUAAAAAAUAGUUCUGCUAUUAAUAUUUUUCCCAACCAUGUUUUGUCUUAUUCAUUAUUGGCCUUUUGCCACUCUGUCUCAAACUUUUAAUUCUUUUUCUCUUUUCCUUGAAAGCUUCCUUGUAAAUAUAAUUAGUGUAUAAACUAUAUAUUGAAUAUAUAGAGUGUAAUUUUGCACUGGAGCAUUCAGAGCAUAAUGAUCUGCAUUUCCAGCCCCAUCACAUAGGCAACUAUCAAGGCUACAUGCUCUGCAAAUGCCAUUUAUUGGGUAAGGACGGGGAGAGGCGGAGGCAACCAGGCAACACUUGACUGCAUUUCUGCUAGCAUCAGAAGAGAAAUGGCACCGCUCUCCUACUUAUACAGAACAACCUUAUUUCUUUCUCCAGUUGAAUAAAAUGCUAGAGCGAUUUUUUCCUUGAGUUCAAGCUGUCUAUUUUUAGUGCCUAAUUGCCCUCACUGCUAUUUUAACUCCUGCUGAGUUUGUGUACAGGGUGCCUUGAAGUGUAACCUACUGUAUUCAUAGGACCCACAUCUGAAUAUGCAUUGUACUGUGCAUUCAAUUGGUCAGUUUUUGUUGCAUGCUAUCAUGUCACUUCUGACCUAUGGCAGCCCUAAGAUGAUAGAUCUUCUUUACAGGAUGUGGUGUGUGGCAUUGCUCUCUUCCAAAUCUGAGAGAGUGUGACCUGCUGAGCGAGUUCCAUGGACAAGUGAGGAUUUGGAGUCCCAGAGCUCCACCUUAACUCACUACUAUACCACUCUAAUUCCCGCUUCUGCUUCCACUGUAUAUAUUAGCAUAGUUACAUUAGCAUAGUCUAUCAACAAUUCUUUUUCUCCUAUGUUUUAGACAGGAAGUCCAGAGAUUGGUCAUUGAGUCAGCAAGUUGAAAACUAGCCCCAUCUGAAAUGUCUGGGGUUGUCAAGAACCACUGUUCUUGACCUUAUUUGAUAACAACUUUGACUUCCUGGUCUCCAUGUUCUUUCACCUCUCCUUCUAGUUUGCUUCUGGCCAUCAUUUAAGGCAGACUUCAGGGUGGUCCAAAUUCUGUUCCAGGUGGAAUGGGGCAAUCUUAAUUGUUUAGUCUCUUAUUAGUGAUGGUGAUCUAUUUUGUAAUCGUUCUAGUAGCAUUUUAAAAAAAUGUUGUUUGAAAUUUCCCAAAAAAUCAGUGGAUGGGUCAAACAUUAUGAAACUUGAUAGACAAAGAGUUAUUUGCUUCCAUUCUUGCAAAUUUCAUCUCAAUGGCUUUAAAAAUUAAGCAGAACGAAGCCUCUGAAUUUUCCCCAUUUAUUUAAGUGCAAGUGAAGCAAGAAGCCAUUAUCUGGACAAAACUUCAUUUUCCAGAAGCCUUGGGCUAAGCCAAUCAGGGCAGAAGGAAGAGGGGCGGAGAGGCGGGGCCGUCGUUCUGGUAGCGUUUUAAAAAAAUGUUGUUUGAAAAUUCCCAAAAAAUCAGUGGAUGGGUCAAACAUUAUGAAACUUGAUAGGCAAAGAGUUAUUUGCUUCCAUUCUUGCAAAUUUCAUCUCAAUAGCUUUAAAAAUUAAGCAGAACGAAGCCUCUGAAUUUUCCCAAUUUAUAAAAGCAUUGGGCUAAAGCAGACGUUUCUCCAAUAGUACUAUGCCCACUUUAAAACUACAAUUCCCAGAUGUCCUAGGCCCUCUCUCCUCUUAACAUUCCCCACCCCCUUUUGUCCUCACUUAGAAUCAUAGAAUCAUAGAAUAAUAGAGUUGGAAGAGACCUCGUGGGCCAUCCAGUCCAACCCCAUUCUGCCAAGAAGCAGGAAAUUGCAUUCAAAGCACCCCCAACAGAUGGCCAUCUAGCCUCUGCUUAAAAGCCUCCAAAGAAGGAGCCUCCACCACACUCCAGUGCAGAGAGUUCCACUGCUGAACAGCUCUCACAUUGAGGAAGUUCCUCCUCAUGUUCAGAUGAAAUCUCCUUUCCUGUAGUUUGCAGCCAUUGUUCCAUUGCAUCCUAGUCUCCAGGGCACCAAGAAAACAACAUGUUUUCUCCUCCCUAUGACUUCCCCUCACAUAUUGAAUGAAUGAAUUGUUUAUUGUACUAGCCAUAGGCCAUGACAUCAGUAAUGUACAACCUUUAUAAGCACUUUCCAAUAUAAACAUUAAAACUUGUUAAAACAUUUAAAAAAUUUAAAACUAGCUCUUUAAAAUUAUGAUAGCAGCAACAUAACAAUGACAGUGUCUGAUUUGUAUCAUCCCAAACCAUCACCAUUUCCAUUUCUGUCCUCAAGUAUGGAUUUUGCUACUUUAGCUCUGAUCUUUUGGGCUGCAAUUGCAAAUGUGGCAACCUUUAGUGUUAUAUUUUUGGAAUAAUCUGCUAGCAAGUCACAGAUCACAGCAGAUUGUUGCCAUGCUGCCCUUUCUAUACAUGGCCCUCCUCAUGUCUCCUCUCUCUCCGCCUUCUCUUCUGCAGGCUAAACAUGCCCAGUUCUUUAAGCCGCUCCUCAUAGGGCUUGUUCUCCAGACCCGAAAUCAUUUUAGUUGCCCUCCUCUGACCAUCUUGACCAAACUUUCAUAAGGUAUAUGAAUUCUUGGAAGGUAUGAGAAGUUUAGAGAGAGAAGGAGGGAGGGAGGGAGAGAGGUAGAGGUUUGACUCUUGGACUCCGAUUGUGGCUUGAUUCCCCACUCACCCACCCACUUGGGCAAGUCACACACUCUCAGCCCCAGAAAAGCCAAUGAAACAGGAAAUAGCACUUUCAAACCAGGAACUGAUUUCCUUAUUCAGAGGCUGAUGGCCAUCUGUUAGGAAUGAUGUGAUGGUGUACUAUGAUUUCUGUUCCUGGGUGAUAAAUGUCAUUUCCUAAUUGGUUCUGUCAUAGAAACAUGGCAAAAUUUAUGACAAUGCCUGAACUUGGUCUUUGCACAGGGGACAUGGAGCACAUUAUGGUUUGCUGGGACACUGUCCACCAAUUUAACAAAGUUUCAGCCACAAAAACAAAGUUUCUGAAAUAGAACAAUUACUUUCUAAGUAAAGACAAUUCAAUUAAACAGGAAAUAAGACUUUCAAACCAGGAACAGAUUUCUGCAAGUAUUAAAAAUGGUUUAUUAUAAAAUCUAUGAAAAUUCGCCAAAACUCAGAGGAUAAGGGAAACAUUCUGAAUUUUGGUGAGCUGGCAGUGUUAAAUGGGUUCUACCACUGUACCAAGGUUGAAGAAGAUAGCUCAAAAAAUGAGGGCAGGAGAGUCCGGUAAACCCCUCGGUGCUGUUUUUGGCCACUGCGCAUGUGCGUCCACCAUUAACAAAUUAAUUUUGAAUAUUCUGAAUAUUCUUAAGUUUCAAAACUUUUUUGGGCCAAAUUUUGGAAGUAGUUUCAGAAACGAAGCGCCAGCGCCCCCUACUUUAGAAGCGAGUUUAGAACCAUUUUUUCAUGGCAUCACUCAUGCCUAAUAUGUAAUGCCUGGCUGGCACUCCUGUGUUGAGACAAGAUACUUUGUUUUUAGUGUGAUUGUAACUGGUUUUUAAAUGUUCUUCUGUGUGAUUUCUAUAGAACUGAUCAAACUUUCUAACUGGUCUUAAUAGCAUAUCUUUUUACAAUCGUCUUAUAGCCAGAGUGUGAGCCAGUAUGGAGGAAAUACAACAAAAAAUGAUAAAGUCCUACAAUGAUUCUGUCAUGCAUAACCUUACAAUGUCUAUACUGGAUGAGUACAAAGUGACUUGCUCCAAAUGCCAUAGACCUCUGUUUUUAUAACUUUAGGUGAGAGGCAGAAGGCCUUUUCUUCUCAACUAUUUAUAUAGUACUUUUCAGGAACAUGCAUGCAUUAUUGGCUCCUUUAGUUGAGUAUGGUCUACAGAAUUGUGGCUCCUUUCCGCCUGCUUUAAUACUCUUCCUGGUGGAAACGGGGGGCGGGGGGACUUCUUGGUGGCUGCAACCAGACUUUUGAGCUUCCUCACUAGAGAGGCUAGAGUUUUCCUACUUCAUUGGGUUUUUAGGAACUGACAGCAAUAAACUUUUCAUAGUGCUCUCUGUUGUUGAUUUUUUAAAAUAUGUCUCAGUACUUAGUAGCUUUGAGAAACUUCCAACCUGCCUAGAAAACAAAUAACUGGGUUUCCAAGGGGUAGCAGAGGGAAGACUGGCAGGAUGAUUUGGUGAUGUCAUAUUGGGAUUCCUGCAUGGCAACCUUAUCUGCAGGCUGGAGAUAAGAUAACAGCAAAUGGUACCUUGGGGGGGGGGGGGGUAGCAAAAAUCCCAGAGCUCGAUUCACCCUCCACUGUCAAAUAGCUGUUGUUGUUGUUGUUGUUGUUGUUGUUGUUGUUGUUGUUGUUGUUGUUGUUAUUUACAGCAAAGACAGAACUGGCCUUUAAAGCCAUUAUCAGCUGUCAGUGUUGUUUUGCCACCUGCAGUACUUUUAUUUUGAAACCUAGCCUAUGUAUUUUGUGCAUGGGCGCUGACACAACUUGGGCGCAUGGAGUAACAAAAUCUCCACCAAGGAGGCCAAGUAGAAUUCAGAGUGCUUGUUUGCUGAGAGCUGAGGUUUUCUUUGCUUCCUUUCCAUUGCUGGGAUGUUGGAAUACAAUCAAAGGCUGGCCCUGUUUCCAGACAAACCUGUCCAAAAACAACAGAAACAAUUUAUAUUUGACUUUAUUUUGUCUUGUUUUUUGGCCUGACUACAGAAAUCUCUUCAGUGGAUUGUGAGUGCUGCCUUGAAAACAACAUGCUUGACUGCUGGCCUCAGAGAAAAAUCUGACAUAAUUGUAAUGGGUACUACUGAGCUUUGACAGUUUCUAUGCACUGAACCCCUUCAAGUCUCUUUUCCUUGACUGGACACAAACACCAUAAAUAUACUAUACAAAGAACUCAAAUUGUAAAGGCUUCACUUCUGAAUGCUUGGGCCUAAAAUCAAGUUGCUAGUCCCAAUAAAAGCGAAUUCACUGAAUCAAUGUGAUUUAUUCAAGUGUUGGCUUACCAUUCAGCAGUUGAUUCAUUAGCUUUCUACUAAAUAGGUUUGGAACUGGAUUCAGGCCACGGGAUUCAUUAAUUUUCUCUUUUGAAGAACAUUUCCAUGUAACCACUGUUUAUUUUGAUAAACUAUUAAAGGGAAUAAAGAUGCAAAGUCCUUUGCUUUUGAGCCUGUGUUGACAACACUGCUAUAUUCUUUGUUCAUUCCAUUUUUCAGUUUCCCAAUAACAGUUGUUUUUAGAAUGAUGUAAAAACUAUGGUUUUGAGGAAAUGACAGAGUGAACUCUAGGUAUUCCACCAUGUUCUGAAUAAUUGUUCUUUUCCUGUACAAUAGUACAGGAAAAUGUUUUUCAUAGAGUGUUUAGAUGCUUGAAAAGAGAUUAUUAUCCAAAAUGUGUUGGGCUCAGAGCAAACGUUUUCUCCCUUUUGAUACCUUGAGUUUUCUCCCAGAUUGGUCUACCAGUUUUUUUUUUUGUUUUUGUUUUUCUGAAGUUACCUCCUCUAUUAAUAAUGCCAAAAGUAAUCACAUUCCCAAUCAAACAAGCACCAAACAUCCACAAACAAAACUAGUACAAAAAACAAAACAGAUCUCCCAAAACCAAGAUCUGUAGAGUAAAAAUCAUAGAAAUAGCCAAGAGGGAUUCUAAGAGACAGAAAAAUAAUAGCAAUAGUGAAUACUCCUAAAUUGCACUUCUAUUUUAUAUUUUAACAUUACAUCUUGAAUGAAUGCAGGCAUGGACUGUUGAAUUCUCUUUUGGAAUCUUCCUCCAUAUCAUAAUAAUUCAAGCUUGGUCACUUCCCUUUCACUUAUUUCCCAGAUUUCUUUUUUUAUUGUGUCAGAAGCGAAGUGAAAAUAUAUGCAAGUCUCUUCUGGUGCGAGAGAAUCGGCCAUCUACAGAGACGUUUCCUAGGGGACGCCCAGAUGUUUUACCAUCCUGUGGGAGGCUUCCCUCAUAUCCCUGCAUGGAAGCUGGGGCUGACAGACAUGAGCUCACCCUGUCUUGCAGAUUCGAACCACUGACCUUCAGAUCUGCAGGUCAGCCAUUGUUACAAUCCAGGCAGCGAGAGCACCGAAAAUCAACACUGAGGCCAAUAAUCUUUUAAUAUCUGGAUUAUAGCAAAUAGUAAUAUAAAAAUGAAUUGGUGGAAAAGUUGAGCAAGCAAUAGCCCUUUAAGAAAAGGUAUAAGAUAGUCCAGAAAUGUCAAGGAAUAUGUCCAGUAUUAGAGUCCAAAGUCCAGAUACCGAAACACACUCAAACCCAAACAGCGUUUGAGUGGGGAAUCAAUUCGACAAGCAAGGAACACAAACAGGGUUCAAAUGUUCAUAAAUAGUUCUUAGAAGUAAGGCAGGAACUUGAGAGCGUAGAAAUAAAACUUGGUACAUGAAACAACAGAGAAGUAGACUCAAUCCCGGUCUACUCGUGAGUAAUGGCGACUGCUGACCACCCGAGUCAAGAGGCUGUGAACUUAAGGCGAUGAACCAUCUUAACGUUAGGUAACGUUGACACCGCAGGGAAACUACUGUGAGCAAGGCUUUUAUUGAAGUUCAGAGUCUUCCCCCCAAGGGGCCUUCCUCUCCAAAGUUCCCAAGGGAAAGGCUUCUAGCAAGAGUCCCCACGCUUAGCCAAGCGGGCGCUUCUCUUCAGCGAUUGUUUCUGAGAUCUUUGUUCAUUUAGAUAGCGUCUCCUGUUGAAGGACACGGAUUCUGGAGAGCUUAGGACAUCUGGCGAGGGAGUGGAGUUAUCCUCCGCAUUUUCCCUUUCAAUUAGAGCUGGCUGUGAACUGUCAACAACUGGCAGCUGCAAAUUCAUCAGGUCAAGCUGACUCUGAGAAAUAUCAACAUAUUUUUCAUCCUGGUCGAAGGCAAACCCGGGGUCAGGUACCGGGGCCAAAGGUAGCUGGGAUCUAACAGCCAUUCAGCCGGCACAAAGGUUUAACCCAUUGUACACAGCAGCUCCCAGAUUUCUAACACUUGCUAAUCCGGUCCCUUUGAUAGUAUUAUUCAACAAUUUAAUUGACAAGAGCCAGUAUUUUGUAUGAGUUACAGACUCACAGACCUGAAAGACAUAUCAUUCACCCAUGUUCCAAUUUCCAGCAGAAUGGACCUCCUUUUCCCCAUGUAGCUGAUGGCCUUAAAGUAGGUGUGGGGCCCUUCCUUACUGGUCAAAGGUAAAUCAGAUGAAUUCCAGUAGACUUCCUCACCUAUGUUUAGAGGAUCAAGACCAGUGUGCCCACAAGUCAUCAUGGGUAGUGGCCUUAAACAAUGAGAUGGCUAAAAUUGGCCUUCCUUUACAAUUUUUGAAUGAUCUAGGACCUAGGGCAAAACAAGUGCUCAUGCAACGCACUCAUGAUAUCUAUGCUCAAUUGGACCUAGCAAGUAUAGGUAGGUCUUCUGCCACAAAGUUUUUAGCCUCCCACAAAAUGAAUACUCAUUUAGAACACUAUCUGACUAUUCCAGUUCCGUUGCCCUUAAGAAGAAUAUACACCAGGGCCAGGUUUGAACAACUCGGUAUUAUGAUGCAAACUGGUCGCUACUGUAACAUCCCAAGAAAUGAGAGAUUCUGUGUCUGGGGAGAUCAAAUAGUGGAAGAUAUCGAACAUUUUUUGAUUGACUGCCCAGCAUAUGCCGAACUUAGACACAGUUAUUUACAUCCAUUAUUAUCUAAUUUUAGGUCUCCCAACAGAAAUGAUCUUCUGACAGUCCUUUUGCAAGGACAAGAAAGAUCCACCAUAAUUAGAGUAAGCCUUUUUAUCCUGAAAGCUAUCAAGAAAAGAGCACAUUUCCUGAAAGAAGAAUCAGGAAAAUAAGAUUUGGUCAGCUGCCUGUCCUCCCAUCCUUUUUGCCUUGUUUUUAUUUAUGUUGCACUUUGAAAUGGUCAUAUGACUGGUCAAACAAAUAAAUUAUUAUUAUUAUUAUUAUUAUUA